GUGCCGUGCCCAGAGUUCAUUGUGUCCCCAGGGGUGUUUCAGGGGCACAGAGCCCUGGGGCACCCACUCCCAGGAGAGCCCUCUGUCAGGGUGCUCCUGGGGGUGUCUGUGGCAGAGCACAACAGAGAUGCCCAAGAAGGAGGAGACAAACCCCAAAUCCCAGCCCGCUGAGGAGCUGCCGAGCCUGCAGAGGAGGCAAAGUGUGGACCUCAGGCAGCCACAGGAAGAGCAGCACUGCCCAGCUCGUCCUCCCGAGGCACAAGCGGCAGCAAAGGCAGGACCUGCUCCUGCCUCAGGAGAGCAGGUGCCCGCAGCGGGGGCACAGAGCCAUGGCUCUGCCCCACACAGCCCCUGCUGCCCCCCCAGUCCCUCACCCAUCCCUCUGGCAGCCCAUGUCCUCGGCGGGCAGCGGGCAGGGGCAGCGCCAGACACCAAGGAGAGGGCCUUGGCCGAGAAGGAGGGAGAGAGGGAACUCUGCAGCCCCCAGCAGUUGCACCAUGGGGAAGACCACCCCGAGCAAGAGCUUUCCGAGGGGGAAAGCAGUGGACACACAAAGCUGUCCCAAGGCGGGGACAGCAGCGACCAGAGGUCGUCGCACGAGAGCUGGGAGCGCAUCACCAUCCACACGAUCUGGGUCAAUCCCCAGUUCGAGGAGCUCUUGCACAACACCCAGACGGUUUCCCGGGAGCAGGAAGGGGCAGCAGCUCCCUCUGACUCGGGCGGGCAGGUGCCAGCAGCAGGGUCACAGAGCCGGCUCUGUGCCCUGCACAGCUCCUACUGCCCCUCCAGCUCCUCGUCCGCCCUGCUGUCAGCCCAGGCCCUCAGCGGGCAGCAGGGUUCCCAAACACUGCAGCCAUCCCGCUCCAGCCAGGCUCUGCAGGCUCUGUGCACGCUGUUCUGGUGCUGUAUGGCAGCACAGCCAGAGGAUUAG